UGCAGAGGACGGAGGUAAGAGAGAAGGUUCUCCCCACCUGCCGCAACCUAUAGCUAUCUGAUUAUAGCCAGCGCACAGGGCACAAGGAUGCUUGGAGGGAAUGGAGAUGGAGAGGAGAGUGCCGAUGUUCCGACACACGAUGGCCACGGAAACAGCGACAGCGACUCGCCAGCAGUUUUCUACUUCCGCUACGAGGAUUCGGAAGACACAGUCUACCUCUACGACGAUUCUUUUUGGGAUGAUGCGCAGGAAGGCCAUGAUACUGCUGAUGAGGAGCCAUUGACCGUGUCUCAAGUGCAAUCCCAACUACUCUCCAUUGUUCAUCCGCCAAUAUCCCGUUUGCACGUGACUUGCGAACAACCCAACACUUGGAAAGCACUCAAUGAAACCAGCACAUGGCGUGAGUUCUGUCAAGCGAUUCAGCAAUGUCUGCCUCAUGUGACAAGGCUGGAAGUGGAGCAACCACACAAUCUCAGCGACGCUCAAUGUGUAGCACUCUUUCGACACUUGGCUCCCAAUAGUUUGACCCAUUUGACCAUGAAUGUCAUUGGUGGCAAUCUUCCAGGCAUGUUUCGUCAAAUCGGUCGUUCCUUUCCACAAUUGCAAGAGCUGAUAUUAAUGGGAAAUGCCGACUGGGAGAUGGAUGAAGACGGUUUCGAAUAUCAUUCAGUGAUGGACGAUACUAAUGGGCAAUGCUUGGGAGACUCCUUGCAUUGUUUGUCAAAACUCAAGAAAGUUUCCAUUGCGCAGUUUGUAACGUGCAACCCACAGGUGUUUUGGGAGCCCGUCUGGAGUGCUAUCCGUAGCAACCCCAAUCUACAAGUGGUCCAAUUUCGUGGGGGAUACCAUUUUUGUGAGGAUCAAGAUGGUGAGGCAUAUAGUUUCGAAGAGUUUCCAGUGGAGGAAGAUAUUCUGAACGAUCUCCAGUAUGGUCCUCGUUUGAAUCAAGCCGAGAGAGACUGCUUGAGGAUGGAUGAGACUGAAAAGGAGGCCUCUAGUUUCUCAUUGCAACAAUGGGUGGAAGCUCUGAUAUCUGUACGAGACCGAGUGGAUUGCCUGGAUUAUUUCUUGUCGACUACCGAUCCCAAUCUCUAUGCGUGGAGUGCUAUUGGGGAGGGAGGAGCCAGGCACAAUACCUAGAAAAGAAAAACUAGUGCUAGCUAGGUCCAGGGAAAAACAAUGGUUGCCGGCCGCUGAGGAAGCUCCCAAUGGGAUAGUGCUACUCAGGUAUGACCAAGUAGUGGUAAUUGUCUCAUGUGCAAUCUAGGUCCCCAUACCCUCCCUCAUUGGGGCGAGGCAUGUUUGUAACUACAGUAGGCCAUCCUUUGGAUUGCAUGUAACGGGAGCUGUCAAAGGAGAUCGUGGUACCCAGGUAGCUGGAAACCAAGCUUCUUGCCAACAUACUGUGCCAGCUACUGUUACCUGACUCUAGAUAGCCUACAGCACCAUCAGCUUGCUGAACGACUGUAACCAGCUCAUCGUUGCAUGGUAAUGACGGAAAGCCAGAAUUCCUUCAACAGCAAGAGUAAUUGCCCAUGGUGUGAUGGAUGAACAAGAGAAAGAACAAAGCAGGACAAGUACGUGUAAGUGUAGCUUUUUUCUUUUUUGCUUGUGGUUCAGUCAUCGUGCGUGUGUCUGAGUGAG